UAUUGUUUCUUUCUUUUUCGAAGAGAAACAUGAAUUAAAAUCUGUCCAUACACAGUAGGGGUGUUUAAGGUAGAAUGUGAAAUUAAUGGGGCGAAAAAAUCGUUAACGCAGGCACCCUCAUUCUUGGUGAGUAACAACCGAAAGACUUAAACUAAAAUUUUUUGUUAAUUUACAACCACUGGUAUCUAUUAAACUUUGAUAAUUGCUUAAUCGUUUUAGAUAAUUGAGAUAAUUUCCUGGAGGGUAAUCCUCAACUUUAUUCCAUUUUGUCACACUGCCAUUAUUUUACGUACAAUAGCCCUUAAUUUUAAUUGCUUAAAUGAAAUAAAUUGUUUUAUUUCGAGUUCGGAGAAAUUAAACAUAACUAUCUGACCAAAAAUAAAAAAUAGUUGCAUUAAAGUGAAUGUAAAUAAUUAUUAAGCAAUAUAUAGUAUAGUUUUUUAAAGAAAAAAUUAUCAUUCUGUCAUAUUGUAUCGAGCAGUAGUGCAAUUAUCAGUGUGUGUUAUCGGCAGCAAUUAACUUAAAAAAAUAUCAACUAACGUCAAUAUAACAAUAAAAAAAUAAGUAUUAACUAACAGGUAACUAUCAUGGCCAGUCGUUGGAUCAUCAGUUUAGUAUCAAUUUAUUUAAUUAAUCAGUGUUACAAUCAUGAGUGUAUCGGCCUUACAACAGAACCAAAGGUCACGACGCCUCUUGGAAAAAUAAUCGGAACCCAAAUGGUCUCAAGACGCGGCAGAAAUAUAAAUGCAUUUUUGGGAAUUCCAUAUGCUCAGCCACCAAUUGGACCUCUGAGAUUUAAAAAUCCAGAACCAGUUAAGCCAUGGAUUGGAACGUUAAUGGCAACUAACGAUGUCCCGGUUUGUGGACAACGAGAUGAAUAUACAAAUAUCCUUUUCGGUCAAGAAGAUUGUUUGUAUUUAAAUGUUUAUUCACCUAAAUUAGAUCCGGAUAAAUUACUGCCAACGAUGGUUUAUAUUCAUGGGGGUGCAUUUCAAAGAGGCGACGCCAAACCAACAUCCCUUGGGCCAAAUUAUUUACUUGAUAAAGAUAUAGUACUCGUAACAAUUCAGUACCGUCUGGGUGUUACUGGAUUUCUGAGUACAGGUGAUGCAUCUGCACCAGGAAAUUUUGGAUUAAAGGAUCAAACUUUAGCGUUGAAGUGGGUACAAAGUAAUAUAGAUAACUUUGGUGGUGAUCCUGCAAGUGUUACACUAUUUGGACAGAGUGCUGGCAGUGUUAGUGUCAAUUACCAAGUGCUCUCUGCGACAGCAAAAGGAUUAUUUCAUCGAUACAUUGCACAAAGUGGUAGUUCACUGUGUCCAUGGUCUUUCGCAAACUCAACUAGUUACAAAAGUUACGCUUAUAGCCUCGGGAAUACAUUCGAGUGUCCCAACAAAACUUCCCAAGAAUUAAUUGAAUGUUUAAGACAAGUUCCUUACUAUAGUUUAUUUACUGAUGAGAUAUUUGGUGGUAUGCAGAAACUUUCAUUAGUUACUUGGGUACCCUCUAUUGAGCCAGACAUUGAAGAUGCGUUUAUCACUGAGCAUCCAUUAAAAAUCAUUUUGGAUGAUAAAAUUCAAGAUCUUCCAAAUAUCAGCGGUGCUGUUAAAAAUGAAGGACUUAUUCUUACAUCAGUUUUAUAUGCCAACGAAACACUUUACAAUGAUUAUGUGGGUGACGUUAAUCAAUUUUUACACUUUAUGACUGGUUCGUAUGUUACUGAUGGUGAUUCAGGUCGACUAGCGGAUAAUUUACAACGUUUUUAUUUCGGUGAUAUUGAUCUUGUUAACAAAACUCAGGUUAUUAUGAAGCUGACAGAUUUAAUUGGUGAUAUUUCAUUUUUGUUUCCACAAAUGUUACAAUUACAAUUAGUGAGUAAGAGAAUGGAACAGCCGUCGUAUUUUUAUACUUUUGAAUAUCGUGGAACUUUUAGUAAAACCUCGACAGUUUUAAAAAAUAAUGACAAUGUGGGAGUUAUUCAUGCAGAUGAACUUAUAUAUUUAUAUCCUUUUACUCCAGAUUAUUUUGGAUUACCAGAUCUAGAAAUGAAUGAGAAUGACCAAAAAAUGAUUGACAUUCUCGUUGAUUUGUGGACUAAUUUUGCUAUUUAUGGAGAACCAACGACAACUUUUAAUGAAGAUCCACAUGUUUGGAAACCUUAUUCAGAUAAUUACUUCCAUUUACAAAUAGGAUCCGAAAAUCAACCGGUUUUAUUAAAAAGCCACAAUUUUUUGGAUGACCGUAUGCAUUUUUGGGCAAUGCAAAUUUUGAAAAUGUUGUUUUGGUGAUAAAUUAAAUUUAUAAAAUAUUUAAAAAUCAACUAAUGCCAUUAAAUUGUUAUAUUAAUAAUAAAUGAUGAGUCAUGAGAUUUUUUGAUAAAAUAUCACACAUGUGUAUAAAAGUCAAUUUGAGGUUCACGAUAAUUAAAUUUACAAUAUAUUAGAAUAAGUUGGGAAUAACAGAAAUAAAAGUUAUGUAAGACUCAAAUUAUAUCAAGGAAAUUUAUAGAUUUCAUAAUUCGAAUUUCCGGUAAACUUUUAAACCUUAAAUUUGUUUUCUAUUACUAUUAUCUAUUAGGGCUUUGUCUCCGCUCACUGAGUUUUAAAAUACACAACGAUCGGGUAUGAAUAAUAAAAUCAACAGGAGAUUUAAUUUAAUUUUACGAAACUUUCCUCUUCUGAAUGCUUAGCAAAUUCUCAAUAUACUUGUUUAUUUGUUAAAUGCGGUUAUCAAUUGUAUUGGGUAAUUAUAAAAUGAAGAAUAAGAAAAAAAAAAUCUGGAAAACCUUAAAGAAAAAAUACUGCUGAGCAGGAUUUAAAACAAGAUAAAAGUCGCUCAAGCUCAAAAGAAAGUUUUAUUCCAAUCAAUAAAGUUAAAAAUACCAGAAAUAUAACAGAAGUUAUCUACUGAUAAUUAGCUUUUUGAUCGCCUACGAUUAUUUCUUCGCAAUUUCCAAUCAUUAAUUAAAAUGGAAAUUUUAGGGAAA